AUGCCAGCCGCCAUCUGUCCCAAUUCGCCUUCUCAAUCACCAGGCCACUCUGGGAACCCCAGAAAGCGCCGCCUCAGUCCCCUUAGAAAGCAUGUCGAUCUGAACAGCUUGGUCAAGCCAGUAUACAUGGAAAUGAAAACCGAGGCACAAUCCGAGUCCGCGCUUCCCAAAAGCGUGCAAGAUUUGUCUGCUCGUCUCGAAGAAAUUUCUGAAUUCUCUACGGCCAUCCUACCACUAGCUGCAAAAGGUGCGCUUCAAGACAUGGGCCAGCAGCAAUGGCCAGAACAUUCCUUCGGCUUCAGCACCGAAGAGGAAGACGAGGUCUCGAUUCGAGCGACCCUGCAAGAAUUACAAAGGAUUACCACCAGUACUUCCAUAUGUAUUCAGGAGGACGCAUCCGAAGCGGGCUGGAACCAAGACGUACAUGGUCCUCUUCUUAGGCUUGCCACCCAACCUUUUGCCAAUGUCCGCGGUAUUAAUAUCACCCAAGCCACCAUCCACCCGCAUUGGCUCCCACCAAUAAAGGCUGGUGCGUGGGCGGUACCGCCGGUAUCGUCAUCUUCGGCUACAUCCUCGGCAACAUCCUCGGCUGCGUCCUCGCAACAGAGCUCUCCCCUGUUUCUACAGCAGCCUGGCUCCGGAUUUGUGGCCCAGGAAAAAAUGGUGGACAUGGCCCUGAUUCUCAGUCCGGGAGACGAAACACCCCUCGGAAACGGCAUUCGGAAUGCUGUCACAUCAAUGUUGUCCUCUGGAGAAAAGACUGUCAACCACAGCGAGUACGGUCCACUUGUGUACAACCCGCUGGGAGUAAAUAUCAAGACCAAAAGCUACAUGAGUGCUGGAGACGGCCGGAUCCAGGUGGCCUUGUGGACAGCGGCAUGGUUCAACAGGCUGGAGACCUGGGUGUCUUUAGCUUCUGCUAUUCACGGCACUAGAGAGCUCAGCAUGUUGGAGGCCGUUCCCGUGCUGCUGGUCGAGGGAGCAGAAUGGCGCUUGUCAUUCUUUUGCAACCGGGGCAGCUCGUUCAGUCUCAUGAACAGAGGCGCCACAAAGAACGAGCAUCACCCGGACCGAGACCUCAACCCCCUCCAUGAAGAGGGUCAGGACUAA